AUGUCUUUGUCUCUGUUAUCACACACCUACAAAAUAAGACAUGGAGUAUAUCUCCACGUGCGCUUUAUAAUGUGCCAUCAGCUAACUUCUAAUUCAAAUGGAAAUUUCCUCCUGAGAAAUAAUGUAGAUCAAGAAUACAAAUUUAUGAAAAGUGUAGAACUAUAUAAGCAGAAGUCGUCAUUAGCAAAUCUCCCAUGCGGUGUUUCCACUGCAUUUUCGAAGAGAUUUUCAUCGGACUGUGAGCCGAUUGAGCCACCAGAAACAUGUGUCCCGCCUCCGAAAAGUUUCACAACACUUUGGGCAGCCGAGCGUGCAGCAGCAUUAGCUUUGCUGGUCUUGCUGCCAAUUAAUUUCUUAUGUCCAAUAGAGCCCUUGGAAUUGAUGGCUGCCAUUCUAGCUAUAAUGCACAAUCACUGGGGCAUGGAAGGAGUAAUAGGAGACUAUGUUCGACCAAAUCUUUUUGGUCGACUUAUUCCUAAAUUUGCUCACUUCACUGUUUAUGCGUUUUCAGCAGUUGUUUUGGCAGGUUUACUAGAUCUCAUAUUAAAUGGUGAAGGUUUGAUUAAUACAAUAAAAAAGUUUUGGGCCAUUCAACCCAAAUCUGGUGAACCAAAACCUCCCACUGAUUUGUAG